AGGCAGGCCAAAAGCAGUGGCACGUUGCUUUCUCGCAUGGAUGCCGCAAACAGGGAAAACGGCACCUUGCGCGUGUCAAAGCGUGAGUGUGCCCGACGAAGAGCCGCGGGGAUUUGCUCGCUGGUGCAAGGAGAAUCCAUAUUUCGUACCUCUUUGCUCAGGCGCGUUUGCCGGAGUUGCUUCCGAGACGCUCCUUUUCCCGCUGGAUUGCUUGAAGACUCGGCUGCAAAGUCGGCAAGGCUUCAUCGAAUCUGGCGGCUUCCGCAACAUCUAUCGCGGUGUUUUCAUCUCUAUCGGCGCAGCGGCGCCGGCUUCCGCAAUUUUCUUCUCCACCUAUGAGGCCACGAAGAAGUGCUUGAUGCCCUUCGAUAGAAGCAACUCAGUUCUGGCCUAUUGUGGCAUCGGACUGGUGGCUUCAAUCUUGGGCGAGCUGGCCGCUGGAGUUUGGCGUGUGCCUGUUGAUUUAGUCAAGCAACGCCAGCAAGCCGGGGGCGGCCAAAGCCUGCGGACUGUGGUGCAAGGCGUGUGGAGCACGCAAAGCUCAAUUUUUGUGGCAUCAUUGCAGGCAUCUCUGCUGCGGGACGUCACACACAGCAGCUUGCAAUUCCCUCUUUACGAAUACUUGAAGCUUGCCUGCGCAAAUUUUCAUGGAGUCGCGAAGGAGGCUUUGCCAACUUGGCAGGCGGCAUCGUGUGGCACUGUGGCAGGAGUCAUCUCUGCCCUCUUGUCUACUCCCUUGGACGUGCUGCGGACGCGGCUAAAUCUCAGGGAGGAUCACCUCUGCCCCAUGGGCCGCAAAAAGGCCUCAGAGCUGUUGAAGGAGGAGGUGGUGCUGGUCUACCGGCAUCGGGGCCUGAAGGGCUUCUUUGCUGGCUGCACCUGCCGGGCUGCGUGGAUGGGCCUCGGCGGCUUCAUCUUCCUGGGCUCCUUCGAGCUGGCGAAGAAGCACCUGCAGACCACAGAGGAUCCCGUCCCGCUUCCGGUGAAGAAACGGCCGGAGGUGGCCGCAAAGCCAGCUGAGCCAAUCGAGCGAGAGCUUGCUCAUGACCCAGUUGCACCCACAGCGUUGCCCGUGCACGAGCCAGAAAGGAACCGGCAGUUGGGGCUGGAGCCGCCUGUCUUGGUAUCCUUCUCAUCCGGCCUGCUUGCUGGUGUAGCGGUGGACGUUCCGCUGCACCCGCUCGACACGCUGAAGACACGCAUGCAAUCCAGAGAUGGGUUCUGGCGCUCUGGAGGCUACCGCAAUGUGUGGAGCGGGCUCAGUGCCGUGCUGGUGGUCUCUGUCCCGGGCAGUGCGCUCUUUUUUGUGGUUUACGAGUCUGCCCGGCACUUCCUCGAACGAAGGAUGCCUGCGGCUCAGCAAGACAAGACUCUAGCCAUCGCUCGGGACGCCGUGGCUGCAUCAGUGGCAGACGUGAGUGCCUGCAUUGUGCGGGUGCCGUGCGAAGUGCUGAAGCAGCGCAUGCAAGCACUGCAGCCGUGCGGCGUGUCGCUCAGCUUCUCGCAAACUGUAUCCAGCGUCAAAGCAGAGGGUGUCAAGGGCUUUUUUGCUGGCUUUGCUGCCACUGCCAUGCGUGAGGUGCCGUUUGCCCUCAUCCAGAUGCCCCUUUUUGAGGAGCUGAAGUACCUGCACCCGUGGGCGAGGCAAGCGCAGCGCGAGAACAACACGCAUCAGCAAGGCCUCAUCGGCAUGCACUGUGGUUUUAUUGCAGGCUCCUGCGCAGGGAUUGCUACAACGCCGCUGGAUGCAGCAAAAACGCGAAUAAUGCUGACCGAAGAUCCGACCCAACGCUUGGGGCUUUGGAGAACGCUCUGCUCCAUGAAGAAGGAGUGUGGCAUGAUGGGCCUCUUCAAAGGGGCAGUGCCAAGAGCGCUUCACUCAGGUUUGGGCGGUGCCUUGUGGCUCGGCGCCUUCGAGUGGUCCAAGCUCUUCCUUUGGCCCAGCCAUGGCUUCGACGAAUUCGCCUGUGCCUUUGCCAACUGAUGCCCAGUAGGACACAGUUGCACGUAGUGGGAGGUUCACGGAUUCAUUGCUGGGCAAUGUGAGCUUGGCUCAAAGUCUGAAAGGCUUCAAUCCAUCAGUUUGGAGGUCGCCUGAACGGCUCGUGCCUGUUUUGAAGGAAACUGGCACCAUGGAAACGCACAGCAUUGCACGGCCAUUCGGCCGAACGCGGGUGGCAAAGAGAC